AUGAGUCUUAAUUGGACUUUAAAUCAAAUUGUAGGCUCCAUAAGCAGCAAGUAGUAAGUAAGUAUACAAGAAAUAUUAUUAAAAGCAAGCUAAAACAAAAACACUAGUUUGAUUAUAGACCCUAAAUACCUACCACCAAAUAUUAACAUAACAAUAUAAUUUAGUUAUUUACUUAAGGUUAACUAAACUGGUACUUAAACAUUCACUGUUAUUUAUCAAAAAUAAAAAUUUAUAAGAGUCAACUAUUAGCAAUCUUUGUACCCACCAAUUUAUAGAUCUAUGAGCUUGAGUUUCUACUUUUAAUUUUACGUAGAGAUAUGCGAGUUAGGCCAAAUAACUUUUUUUAAUGAGCCUGUUGAUUUACAACUUACUUCUAACCAGCUUUAAAAGUAAAGUCUAAGUCAAUACAAUUAAUCAAGCUUUCAAUAUGACAUUCUCCCUUACUCCUUAGCAUCUAACUAAACUUUUAAUAUCAGUUUGAUUUUGAAUUUGAGUUCAGAUAGUAAGAUAGUUGCCAUCUAAAAUAUCUCAGUUAAUACUUAAAUUACAGAUUUGUUUUUGCAAAUUAUUGGAGGAUCAAGCCUUGUUUUAGGCUAUCAAAAUUAAAUGAUCUUAAAUACAGAUUCGAGGGAUUAUGAAAUUCAAGAUUCAAAUUCUGCUUCAAAUAUCAACUUUAGUUGGAAGUGUAAUAGCCUAUCCUCUAAUGACCAUAUCUGCUAUGAUUAUUAGAAUAAGUAGAUUUAAUUGUAAUAAGGGGCCAGUAAUAUUACGUUUCCUGCUAAAACCUUUUAGCCAUACACUAUAAUUUAGUUUACUGUUGUAGGAUAAAAAGAUUCUAGGCAAUCAAAUUUCACGACUACUUGUAUAUUCACAGAAUUAGAUAUUCCUCCACUAAAUAUUUUAACAACAACACACAUUAACCGAAAAAUUAAUUUGAAUGAUGAUCUUAAUUUUUAAAUAAAUUAUGGUGAGAAUGUUUCAUCAGAUUCCUUGUCUUAUGCUGGAGCUAUAUUAUAUGAUAAUAAUCCAGUUGCAGCAAUCAAAUUUGAUUAUUUCCAAAUUAGAUUCAGAAUUUGGAACUAUUUUUAAAAUAUAGAUCCCUCAAAGCAAACACUUUAAAUAAGAUUUUCUGUGUAUAAUCCAUUAUAUGUUAUGCCAAGCUUGUCUACAAUUAGUAUUUAAAUUAAUAUUCCACCUCAGAAUUGCUUUUUAAGUAUAAAUCCUUUAUAAGGAAUAGCGCUUGAAACUAUCUUUUAGGUUUAAUUAUUGAAUUGUACUGAUGAAGAUCUUCCCCUAACUUAUUAGUUCUUCUAUUACAAUAGUGCAGAUGAUGCUCUUCAAGAAUUAAUUUCACCUUGGAAUAUUUUAAGAAGAUAGAUAUAAGAUUAGACUAUAAACAACUCAAUUUAAACAGUUCUGCCUUAAGGAAAUCUAGUUUUUAUGGUACAAGUAAUGGAUUCUUAGCUAGGAGUUUAUAAUACCUCUUCUACAAUAUAGGUUCAAGCUUAGAAUAAAUCAGCUGAUGAAUAUUAUAAACUGGUAAAUCAACAGACUUUUUAAGCUUUAUAGAGCUCAAAUAUAUAAAUCACAAACUAACUAGUGACUUUAAGCAUUAUAGCAGAAGACAUCAGUAAAAACAAUUAAUUUUCAUAGCAAAUAAAUGAUUUAGAAACUUUACUUAUUUAAAAUAUAUAAUAAUUAUCUUUCUAAAUACCUAAAUUCUCCCUUUUAUCUACAUUUGCAAACAAAGUAACUGCUUAACUAUCAUAACUAGUCUUUAGCUAAUCUUAAUAAAACAGUGUUACAACAUAGAAAAAUAAAAUAUUUGAUUAACUUUAAGCAAUACUCCAAAAUACUAAUUCAACCAUACAAAAUAGUAAUCUUAGCCACUUACAAUAAAAUAAUGACAUUUAAAUUUAAAAUAUGGUAGACUCUUUUAAAAUUUUAAACUCAAGCGUUAGUUUGAAUAGUAAUAACUCAUACGAAGAUUUUUAGUCAUACGAUAAAAUAUCAAGUUAGAUUGGAAAUCUGCUUAAUAAUAUUAGCUUACCAAACUAAGGACAAAUUAUUCUAAAUGGUGAUUUGUCCACUCUUUUGUCAGAUAAAGUAACAUAGAAAAACUUAUUCAAAUAUGUUAUAAAUACAGGUUAUUAAAAUUCCGAAAAUUAAACUAGCAUAUUUAGUAUUUCAAGAAAUAAUUAUAAGUAAAAUAUUUAUGAAAAUACUUCAGAUUUUUAGGCAUACACAUAGCAAUUCAAAAAUAUUAGUUAAAACUUUACCUACUCUAAGAAUGAAGUAAUAUCACCAUAGAUUUAUAAUUCAUCUUCUUAAACAAUCUCAAAUCAGUCUACUAUUAUUUACUAGUUUAAUAAUACAAAUUCUAGUAAGUUAUAUAAUAUGACAUGCAUUUAAAAAAAUAAUCUUUCAUGGAGUAAAUAAAAUUGUGGUAUAACAAAAAUUGCUUAAAAUGGAUACUUGUGCUGCUGUGCCUCCUAAAAACCAACAACCAUCAUUGAAGAUAUUGAUGACAUGUUCUCAAAAAAUAAAAAUUUGUAGACAGCAUUUGGAGAAUAAGGGAUAUUAAAUAUAGCAAGUUUUGAGAACUUUUAUAUGUAUAUAAUAUUUUGGCUCUUGAUAAUAUUCACACUGACUGAAAUUUAAUUAUUUAUUAUUGGAAGAUUCUUAGACAAAUAAGCAGUAAAAAAAAGAUACUAAAAAGUUCAUAAUCAAGAACUAAAUAAUUAAUUGUAAAAUGAAUAGUUAUAAGAGUUGAGAUACCAAUAAUAAUAAAUUGACGAUAAUAACUAAAAUAUUUGUGAAAAUUCUUAAAUGAUAAAUAACGAUGUAUUCCAGCACUCUCCUUUUACACAUCAAUUUAAUAGUAAAGAAAAUGUCUAACAUGAAAUCUAGUAAAAUCAAUAGAUUCUAUCACCUCCUGAUUAAAAAAUAUAUAAUUAAUUUAAUAGAAGAAGAAAAAGAUAAAAAUUCCUCAAUUUAUAAACAUAACAAAUCCAAAGAAACUUAAAAAUAUUUUAAGAACAAAAUAUUGAAUUAAACGAAGAGAAGGCUGAAUCUAACUAAUUGCAAAUAAUUAAAUCAUAAUCAAGCUCUAAAAGUGUUGAAAAAAUCAAAACUCAAACAAGCUCAUAAACCUAGAUAAAAUAGGUUUAAGAUGAAGAAGAAAUCUAAAAAAUCAAUGUUUAUUUGUAACUUUCUAAAGCGAAAAAGGUAAUAAUAGCCAUAAUAAACAGUUCAUUAAUGAAGAUAGUUUUUUUAGGAAUUAUAUUUACCUUCAAAAAGGGUUCAAUAGGUAAAACAGUUUCUCUAAUUUUGUUAAUAGUUAUAAGCUUAGUUUACUACUAUAUCAUUUUGGCUGUAUCUAGUGGUAAAACUCCAAGUGAGUCGAAUCAAUUUAUAAUCCUAUUUAUAAUAUCUUUUCUAACAGAAAUGGUAUUCAUAGAGUUAAUAAAGUCAUUUUUUAUGAUCUUGCUGAUUCAAAAAUAUAUUAAAUGUAAUGAAUCCAAAAGUAUUAUUGGUAAAUUGUAUAAUUUAUUUGAUUUAAAAUAAAUAAUAUUUAAUAUUGAUGUUUGA